CGGCAUUGUCGAGUAACCGUGUGACGUAUAUGGGAGAGAUUUUGUUAUCUCGACGUGAAGUUGGUGAAGAAUUAUAACUUAGUUUAUAACAGCGAACGGAAAUUAUUAUAUUUUAAAAUAACGAUUAUAAAUAAUUGUUUACGAGUUAAUCGAGAUAUUAAAUAUGAUUGUUUAUUUUCUUAAAUGACGGAGAAUUAACCGAGAAUGGAACGAUGUUAAGUUAGGGUUAGUUUAGUCACUUUAGGUUUGAGUUACAAUUACAUUUAAAAAACGAAAGUUUAUUGGUGAAGUCGUCGCUUGUUUUGAUUGCCAAAGGUCGUCAUCCAGUCCUAAUACAUACCAUGGAAAAUAUAGGACUGGACAACGAUCAGUAUUAUGAUAAUAUUAAAGCCUGUGAAAUAUAUCCAAAAAAGGAAAUACUAAAGGAUGAUCCAAAUCUCAAGGUGCCUUUUGCAGCACUUCCUGGUGAAGGUGUUGAACAUAUUGGUUGUACUACAGAAGGUAUAAUUGUUCUAUCAAACUAUAGAUUUUAUCAUCAUACCAAGGAUGCUGUUUUUAAUAUUCCUCUUGGGCGAAUAGAACAAAUUGAGUGUCGAGAUAUAUUUUUCCUUCAUAUUUUUUGCAAAGAUGCUCAGUCAUUCAGGUGUACUUUUACUACAAAUGAAGAUUCUCUUAAAUGGCACAGAAGGUUAAUGUCACAUCUUGUAUCACCAAGUAAAAUUGAUGAAUUCUUUGGUUUUGCAUUUUAUAUGUGGUGUAGAGAAGAGAGAAAAGAUUUGUUUGAGCGUUUAAGAUCAUGCAAUCAAAAAAAUGAUGAAACAGAAAGUUGGUGUAUUGAAGCAGAGGCAGAAAGAAUGAGGUUCGAUUUAAAAUGUGUUUGGAGAAUUACACUUAUAAAUAAAAAUUAUGCAUUAUGCCCAAGCUAUCCUGAAUAUUUUCUUGUUCCUGCUUCCAUACCUGAUUCGGACCUGGAAUCAGUAGCUAAUUUUCGCUAUUCACAUCGCAUUCCAGCAGUUGUUUGGAGGCAUCAGACGAAUGGUGCAGUGAUAGCACGAAGUAGUCAACCAGAAGUAGGAUGGUUUGGUUGGAGAAAUCAUAAUGAUGAAAACCUAAUCCAAGCAAUUGCUGAUGCAUGUACAAGUGAUCCAGGUAUAUCAACACAAGAAGAAUGUUUUUCUAUGGGUAGUGAAGUUGAUAGCAGUAAUGUGUCUUUACCAACUCAUUUACCUGUUGAUUCAAUAGAAGGAAAAAGCAACAAGAAAUUGCUUAUUUUAGAUGCUCGUUCAUAUACUGCAGCUGUUGCCAACAGAGCAAAAGGUGGAGGAUGUGAAUUUCCAGAAUAUUAUCCAAACUGUGAGAUACAAUUUAUGAGUUUAGCCAAUAUUCAUAGCAUCAGAAAAAGUUUUCAAAGUUUAAGAAUGUUAUGUGCUUCUCCACAAGAUCAGAAUUGGUUAUCAUUAUUGGAAGGAACUAAAUGGUUGCAGUAUAUUGCGGGACUAUUAAAAGCCGCUUUAGUUGUGGUGCAUGCUGUAGAUGUUGAACAGAGACCUGUAUUAGUUCAUUGUUCGGAUGGUUGGGACAGGACUCCUCAGAUCGUAGCUUUAGCUGAAUUGAUGCUCGAUCCCUAUUAUCGAACAAUGGAGGGAUUUCAGGUGUUGGUGGAAAGAGAGUGGUUAAGUUACGGCCACAAGUUUGGAGAUCGCUGCGGACACGGACCCGGCACCGUCGAUCCAAACGAAAGAUGUCCGGUGUUUUUGCAGUGGUUGGAUUGCGUGCAUCAAUUGUUGUUGCAGUUUCCUUGCAGUUUUGAGUUUAAUGAACAAUAUUUGGUGAAACUUGUACAUCACACAUAUUCCUGUUUAUUUGGAACAUUUUAUUGUAAUAAUAGUCAAGAAAGAAAUUAUCAUGGUAUCCACAGUCGUACUUUCUCCAUAUGGAAUUAUCUCAAUUCCUUUCCGGAACGUUUUAGUAACUAUUUAUAUCAGUCUAAAGAUCAGGUAUUGCAUCCUUCUUGUCAAAUGAAAGAUAUUCAGUUUUGGAGUAACGUGUAUCAUCCUCCCAUGUUCACUCCAAUGUUGUGUUUAAAUAAAGAACAGUUAGACGUUAAGUGUUGUAAUGGUGAUAUACCGCAAAAAAACGAAUGCCAGUUAGUGAAAACAAAGUCUUACGACAACAUAUUAACCAUAGAUCACAUGUGUAUUCCUCAGAGACGAAACAGUGAUCCUAACAUUGCAGAAAAACACGUUCUUCCUAAAACUUCAAACGUAAGUAAACAAUUGGAACCUGAAAAGUUACUAGCGACAGAAGACAGUACUGUGAUUUCUCAACCGAUAACUUCGUGCGAAAAAAGUGCCAACGGUGAAAACUGCCCUCUGUUAACUGUUAAUAACGAACCGAGCGAAAAAGAGGAUUUAGUUUCUACAAUAUCUCAGGGUGACUUGUCUACCGAAACGACCGACUUAUCCAACUUGUCUAUCGACGGAUCGACCGACACGUUAGUGAGCGAAAACGGCGUAUCCAUGCACGGAAGCCCAAAAACCGAAUCGGCUACGGAAAAUGGCGUCAGAGAGCGUAAAGAUCCAUCCGACGGUUGCAAGAAUACGGCGAACUCUUCAAAUAAAAACGAAGCGAUAACCGUAAAAACAUUGAAACAAGGAAACAGCAUUAGCACGAGCACGACGGACAUCAGCGAUUCCUGCGUCAUGCCCAUGGUCACAGAGUGUUAUCCUCCUUUACAGUGUUUAAUGACAGAUUGUUUACAUCCCACUCAAUCCAGUUGGACCGCUUGGUUUCAAAGUAAGUUGGGAAACGAAGCCGUGCCUCCGGUUCUAUCCAAACAGCCGCUGGCUCAUUCUUCUAACGGAGGCGGAAGAACUUCCCAGUAUUCUACGCCCCAUCACUCUCGCACUCCCAGCUCGGGCUUUCCCGCCACUCCCUGCGACGAGUAUUCUUACGACAUAUCCGCCGUACGUUGUAAUCUGGUUCCUUCCCAUCUUCUCGAUAUCGACGGUGUUAUGGUUAUGAAGAACGAAGUUCAGGAGCGUCUACAACAAAUAUUCAAUAAUCACCAGUCGCAAAUCGAGGCGCUCCGAAGGGACUUGUACGUCAAACAACUGGAACUGAAACAGAAAUGUUGCCUUCGAUGUCGGGCCAGAGACGACCACGGACAGGAAUGCUCCGACGACACCUCUCUGGCGGAUUCGGCCUGCAGCGGAGAACAACAGUCCAACGGACAGGACAGCAGCGCCGCUUCCGACGUCAGCUGGGAACUGGUGGACGAGAGGGAGACCCGCACCACCCUGUGGGUGCCCAACCACGCCGUCUCCUACUGCAUGGGCUGCGACGCCAAGUUCUGGAUCGGACGACGCAAGCAUCACUGCAGGAACUGCGGUCACGUCUUCUGCGGCCAGUGUUCCAACCAGGCGGUGCCCAUCCCCAACGAGCACCUGGACCAACCGGUGCGCGUGUGUUCCUCGUGCUACAACAGUCUGCAGUUCCGCUGUCGCCAGCAGAUCGCGGGCUGCGAGAAGAUGCCCAAACCGGUGGUCAGCGCCGCCUCCAACUAGAGGGGAGGGCGGCGGAGGGCUUUUUUUUAACGGCGGGGAAUGUUCAUUUUAGACGAAUUCUACGUAAGAGAGGUCGAAGGUCGACGGCGGCUUCUGUACAAAUUGAGUUUCGUGUACGUUCUGUAAAGGUGUAAAUAUUCUGUAAUUUAUUUCUCUGGAAUAAAGACGAGCAAAAUUUGGCGAGAGGAGAAUUCGAUCGACACUUAAUUUAUAUAUAUAUAGAACGCGCGGUGCGCGCGUACCUCUUCCGAACGCCAGUCUUCGAUUUUGUGUAGCGUAUCUCGAGAAAUCCUGCAAGAAGGCCGAAUCUUUAGUUUCUCCGCGUCGACGCACGUUGGAUGUAGACGGAAAUUUUCUAAUGUUAAAACGACUAACGAAGAAUUUUGAAAUAAACCAGGAUUAAUAUUUUUAUCCAA